UUAGUUACGUACUAAGUCUUUGCCAUUCAUUCAUCAACGAAAACAUUGCUUGUGUGUUACGUGCGUGCAUUUCCAUACAUUUUCCCAGCUGAUCCGAAAUAUCUUCCGAGUCCAUGGUUCCCGACUGUGUGUCCGUCUAAUGUCACGAUGAACCCGUGCUUGCGUUGAGUUUUUUUCGAAUUAUCCGGGUACUUGUGACAGCCACUUCGCUUUGCGAAAAAAAAAACUCGAAGGAGAAAGUUAAAUUGUUUCAUCUGUAACGAGAAUUCCUUCAACAUGUCUCUGAGAGAUACGAAUUCAUUUCCAGAUAACAACGCCAAAAAGGAAAGUGAAAAUGAGUAUACGGACAGUGGCUUCAUUUCCAGCGAGAACAUGAUCGUUUCGGAAGAAAUCGUCGACGAUCUGGAGAAAAUUGACGAUGAGGAGAAGAGCCCUAGGAAACAAACAGAACCCAAGUCUGAUCGUCAACAAGACAAAUUGGAGGAAAAUAUGUAUGUCGAUAGUGGUGUUUUGUGUUUAUCAGAAGAUUUGUGUAGUUUGAGUGUAGAGGAAAAUCCUAACCUCAACGAUUUGGGUUCGAAUAGAAAACCUGUUGAAUGUCACAGAAGUAGGCAGUCGCAUGUUGAAUCUAAUAAGGAAAACCAGAUAGACAAUAGUUGGUUAUCGUUCUACCAGCAAGAUGAAGAUGGAGAUACGGAACUUCAUUUGGCGAUAGCCAACGGCUACAUAGACGUGUCAGCUGCCCUAAUCCGGCUAGCUCCUCAUCCUAGACUAUUGGACACCUCCAAUGACGACGCUUUAACCCCACUUCAUAUUGCUGUUUCCAGACGUCUGAGCAGCAUAGUCAGGCUGUUGAUAGUGGCCGGUGCAAAUCCAAGUCCUAGAAAUUCGGCAGGUGAUUCGCCUUUGCAUCUAGCUUCAAGACUGGGCGAUCUGGACUGUUGCAAGGCCAUCUUGUUCCCGGUGCAGAGCCAGGAAAGGGAACAGAUGGGUCUCCGAUAUCCGGCACAGCUUUAUAAGACCUUCAAUCUGGAGCAGUGGAACUACGAAGGCAGAACUUGUGUACACUUGGCUGCUCAAUUUGGACACAAAGAAAUCCUCAGACACCUGGUGUGGUUUGGUGCCGAUAUCAAUGCUAGAGACGGCACACAAGGAUUCACAGCUUUACAUUAUUCUGCUUCUCAAAAAAACCUGAACCUUUUGAGCUUCCUUUUGUUCGAAUGCGAAAAAUGCGAUCUGAAACAAACGAAUUACGGAGGACGUACUGCCUAUAAUCUGAGCAGAGACAGAAAUAUUACAGAAAUGUUCCGUCAAAGAGGCAUUUGCAGUUCGCCUUACUACUCAGAGGAUGACAGUACAGAUAGUGAGGAUGAUGAGAUUUCUGGUGACAGCGAAUGGAGCGAGUCUAUAAUACCUUCAAUGGUUAAUGCGAGAACGGUAACUAACAGAACCUAGGUCUGAAACAAUAAUUUUAAUUAAUUCAUUUUCGAAAUUACUACUUUUGUAACAUUUUGGCAAUUUUUCUAUUUUCAAAAUUAUGAUGACUUAUUGUUGAAUUGUAUAGAUUUAGAUCUUGAAUAGGUAUUUCUAACUACGUGUGAAAAAAAUUCUAACAUAUGUUAUUCUAUUGCUGUAUGUAUAUAUUUUAUUAUCCAAAAAUUUAUAUUUUUGUCACAUGUAGUGGAAAUUGUUUAUGGAAGACAAUAUGUUCUAUUGUGAACAUUAAAUUAUGUUAAUUAA